UAAAUCUUAUCGCGAUCGUAAACAUACAUUUACGAGCACUUGUGCAUUGAAGUUUUUUUAUUGUUUUUAUGACAUAUCUGUAGAAACUACCUAUAAAUCAAUUUAAGGGCAUUCAUCCAUCUCAAUUCUCAAUACUCGCGGAAACGAAAUGGAUAAAAUGUGCACUGUUGCCACACUUAUUACUUUAUUCUCCAUACAAGCCGUAAAAUCCAUGUCGGUGCAAAAAUCUUAUUUGAUGGAUAAAAGUGAUCCUGAGAAUGAAAUAACAGAUUUUAUAUAUUCAAAAGGGUAUUUACCAAAUCAAAAUGAAUUACCAAAACCUACAGUAAUAAAGAGUGCCGAUGAUGACGUAACUUAUCUUUUAUCGAAAUUGUCUGACGGUGAACUUGUGAAAUUGCUUAAUGAUCAUCCUAAAAAAAAAAUAUAUGGUUUAGAUGAUAUCGUUAAACUAGCACUAGGAGACAAGUCUGACAAUGAUCGCAAAAUAUCUUUUUUGGGACGCGAUAUUCAAGAGGAAGCCGAUUUACAAAAUAUUAAUAGUAAUACGGCUUAUAAGAGAUUUCGUAUAAACUCAGGUAUUGAAAAUGACCAGCGGGCUCAUUUUAAAUUAAAUCAUAAGCCGAUAGAUGCUAAAAAACAAAAAAAUGAGUUAAAUUUUCUGGCUUUAAUGAAACUUCAUGAUUUUUUAAAUUAUCGCCCAGAACAUGUUGAAGAAGACUUGUCCGAAGAGAAAAGAGAAUUAUUAUUUGAUAUCCUCGUUUCUCAGUUAAAAUCUUUGUGUUGCAAAAGCAAUAAACGUGUACGUAAUCUUCAAGUUUCUAGUAAAAGUUUAUCAAACAUACCAAAAGAAAAAUUAUAUUCUGAAUUUAACACAUCGAACGUUCAAAAAUCAAAUGAAUUUAUGUUUCUAAUUGUAAAUGAUGAAAUAAAAAGUAAAAGUAAUGAUGAUUUAAUACUUGUGGAUCCAGAAACUCUCGAGAAAAAUAGUAGUAUUUUGUUAUUGGGGCCUAUAACAGCCCCAUUAACCGAUGGUCAACUAAAAGUCAUUAUGGACCGCAUUUCUAAUGAAUUAUCAAAACCAGAAUAUACUUCACUUCUUCAGCAGCUCUCUGACGGGUCACUUAGUGCUAGCAAUACAAGUCUGAUGAAAAAUUUUAUUUUUGGACAUGAAACUCGAAGAUAUAUAAAACCUCAUAGAUGUAAUUACCAGUCUAAACUCGCAAAAAUUUAUGGUGGACCACGGUGGUUGAUUUGCACUGGUUACUUAAAUCUUAAUACGCCUAGUUUAUAUGACUAAACCAAUUUACCUAUAAGUAUUCAGCAAAGGCUGUUAGUUAGUUUAAAAAAAUAAAGAUAAAAGUUGAAAACUAAAACCUGACUGCGAUCAUCUUAAUAAACGCUGAA